UGGCGAAAAUGCCCGCCAGAGAGCCUUACGACAUAGCCACCAGCCUCUGCAAGCAAAAGCUACACCUUGGGAAUAAAAGUCCCUCACACUCCAGUCACUCGACUCCAUGCUUAAACUUUACUCAGAGACUGGAAGCCCCGAAGAAAGCGCAAUGCACGAGAGCGUCCUCGCCCUCCCAGACUUCCAGUAUGACUGCGCUCUUCCUUCCCCGGAAGACUAUAUUCGCCUGCUGGAGAUCAAGGAGAUUGGUUUCAGCGACACCACUGGAAUCUCUUGCGAGCUCACACUAUGGCCAUUAGACCCCAAGGACAGGCCCAAAUACCAUGCCAUUUCCUACACGUGGGGUGACCCGAAAUUCACCACGUACCUGCGCAUCAAUGGCAAGAAAUUCCAAGUUCGGCAGAAUUGCGAGUAUGCUCUACGGCAAGCCCACAGCCACGGCGGCAGUCGCUAUUACUGGCUGGAUGCCAUUUGCAUAGACCAAAACGAUACAACCGAGAAAGGCCAUCAGGUGGCAAUGAUGGGUGAUAUAUAUCGCAAUGCUGCCCACGUCCUUGCGUGCGUGGGACCUCACCACAGCGACAGUCUAUUCAUGAUACGUACAUUGGAACACUAUCAGGGGAUAUUGAACCCCAUCCUCGGGCCAGUAUUCGGCGGUCCCAACAAGACUCAUCACAUUACAUAUGAAGAUGACCCUAGAUAUAGAAAUUUUCAUGGGCAUAGAAGAAGCCUCUUGGAAUGGUUCCUGAAAUGUCGAACGUCGACCUGGCGACGAAACGCUCGAGCUUUGCUUGAAUUUCUGAAGCGCCCGUACUUCUCACGAGUAUGGGUAGUCCAAGAACUGACAUUAGCAACUAGCGCAUCACUACAUUGCGGCAUGGAUCAAUUAUCAAUACCUACGAUUUGUGCCAUGUGGGACGUAUUGAAUGGGUUUUACUCUCCAAUCCGUCAUUCUUCGCAGUGGCUCCCUUCACCAAUGACUGACUGGAUACCCUUUAUGACAAAAUUCUCUAUCAACAGAAAUAUGCGAUAUCUGUGUCAUCGUGUUUGGUUUCUUCGAAGAUUUUGGGUGGCCGAAACCUCAAUGAAGCCCUCGCCCGAAAUCAUAGGAUACGAAAGGUCUCUUCAAACCACAACCGAAAGCUUUACACGUUUGACUUUAUACGACGCAAUGAAGCAGCUGGAGUACUCCCAGUCUGAUGAUUUGCGUGACAGAGUGUACGGUGUGCUGUCACUAGUUGAUUGGACUCGAUCGCCCCGGAUUUUUCCUGAUUAUGACAUUAAUGAAUUCGACUUGGCCAUCAACGUCCUCAGACUUAGCAUGGGUUCGGACACAAUAACAGAGGAUCAGUUUAUGGACAAGUCGCCGUCGGUGCAAAUGGCUGAUCUGCUUGUUCGGUUGCUUGAGCUGCAUUUCUCGAGCCGGAUUAUACAGGGAGUCAUUCGGGGUCGAAGACGGUCGCUAGAAUCACAAACUGCGCAAAACACUAAUCCGAAUCAUACAUUAGAGCAUUCUGCGAAACUUGUAUGGUGCGGAUUCAAGAUGAACACAGCUGGCAUCAACAUGGCACCUUUUGCCCUGCUUGAAGACAUUGAUCCCGACGGCUCUGUGGCUUAUCGGUACGAGAGUGAUUCUAUUACCACAGGACGCCAGCAUAACAGUUUCAGUCCAGAGGCAGGACAAUGCACCGUCUUAGCAUCUCAUGGAGCGCGGCGUCAUGAUUGGAUUCUGUACCCUGUCUUCGAAUUGCCAUGGCUAACAAGUGAAGACCAGCGAUGUUUCAUUCAGAUAAAUUUCGCAGGUCCAUCGAGACAAUGUGCCACAGGGUUAAUUGCUAGGAAGGACAAGCAUGAUAGAUUUUCACUCAUUGGUCAAGGUAUAAUCGACUGGGGCAAUGCUUCCCAGAAACACUUCGACAGGCUAACACAUGGCCAAAUCCAUGCAUUCCAGGUGCUGUUUGCUUCCGAGGAUCUUCUGUUACGUAUGGCGACAUGGUCGAGUUUCCAUUACUCGUAUCCUCAUCCAAACUCACACAGAAAACUUUCAGAGCGCCUAGAAAUGCCUGUGUGUGGUAGUGCACUCUCAUCCUAUGCGAUACAUAUGCCCCUAAAGCAAGUCAACACCUCAAAGGCGCUUGCUAAAUCUUUUGAUUCCUAUCCUGGAUCAGCUACGUUCGAGUCCGUAGGAACUCCUGAUCAGCCACGUGACGGAGAUAAGCCGGCCAGCAGCAAAUACCAAUGACCAAAGGCAACAAGACAGGACCAUCGAAGCUCAACUGAAAAGAAUGAAGAACGGGGGGAGGCGGGAUUCC